AUGUACUCGGAAGAUUCGGAACCGGCGCCGAAGAAAGCUCGGAGCAGAAUCUCGGAGUUCUUGCAGCCCCAAGAUAGCUCAGACAUGGAAGAGGCUGAUCCAGCGUUGAUCGACUUCCAUGAACCUGCUACCAGCCGCCCGUCUUUCGGUCCUCCGCCUAACCGGUCCUCUUUAUCCGUACCCAGCCUGCAGAACCUCCAAGAACACGACGACCUGAUCAACAUGAGUUUUGAGGAAAAUCCUGCUCCAAAGCCGGCAUUGGUUCUACCUGGCCCUUCCAACUCCGGGCCAUCUCUUCUAAGCACAUCUGCUGAGUCUAUCUCAAGAGCCGGAAGCUUUCCCAGAACUUCCCUCGAGCCGGUACUCCCCAGACUAUCUUCGAUCCGUGCCCUUCCGCGGUUAUCUUCGGCAUCUCCAUCCCGCCGCCUAUCCGGCUCCCUCUCAGGCUCUCCAAAAAAUCUCCGCCUGUCCUUCGCGUCCCCCCGCCGCUUAGUGUUUCCAGCCGGUACGUCCAACCAGGCAAACCAGAACGAUCCAGGUCAAAACACCAAUGAGCUUUUGCGAUCAAAGUCGGCCGAUCCAUCGGCUUCUGUCAAAGAAGCUCCCUUAGAUCUUCAUCGGCCGUCCAACCCAAGUCAUCAGCAGCAUGACCCACAUCCUUCCGGCGCAAGCUCUUCGAUGCCCUCACCGCAGACUCUACCUGUACCACCAUCGCCGUUAUUGAUUAGCUUGAAUGAGUUCUUUGAACAGGCGGAGAUCCGCUUCAUCAGCUUAUCUCAACCUCGGGUUAGGAACUACGACCAACAAGAACAUCCCAAUCUCUCCGAAGGCCAGCACAGGGUCUCUAGUUUUGCCCAACAGAUUUUUGCUGGUAUGAUCAAGAUUCCCCGGCUGCGCUUGCUCGAAAGCAAGAUGUUGGGCUGGGAAUUGGUCCGGUUCGAGGACGACCUGUUUGUCUUCAUCUUCUAUUCGACGAUCGGAGUCAAUCUCCACCUCGACCCAUUUGACCCCGAGCAACCCUAUCGCAACGUACGGAAGGUUGAGCUUCGGUGGGCCGGGCCAUCGGUGCCGAUAGCAGAACAGGACGAGCCGCUCAUUUGGCAGGUCGAGCAGUUCUUCUUCGGCCAUCUGAAGGCCCACUUCGACGGCAAAAAAGUCCAGGGAAGAGUCAGAGAGCUCGUCCAGCAAAUCUCGUCGAUAUGGUACCACGCCCACCAACUGAUCUGGGAGAUCACCAACGCCCAGACCCGGUUCAGUGUCGCCGUUGACAUCCUCGAGCCGUCGCCGGCCAAACACAGGGCCCGUGUCUCUGCCGCGCCCACCCCGGGAAGCCUGACCAUGGACGUCCGCGUCUCCAUCUGCUGA